AUGUCUCUCGAUGAUAGUACACCUUUUCAAAAUGAGAUUUAUCUAGCUAUACCACAGGCUUGGCAGAUGAGCGAACCGUCAGAACAUAUACACGACACUAUACAGCAUCAACAUCAACCACGACUGAAGGAAGAUAGCGACCAGCGCUAUUAUUCAUUGGAAUUGUUUAUCAUCCUUCUCACGAUCUUCUCAAGUUUGCCUACGGCAAUCUUUUUAGCUUGGAUUGUUACCUGGAGUGCAGCAAUCUUGUCUGAAUUUGAGCCAGAAACCUGGGGUAGGGGAGCGACAAGGACGUCCUUCAGUGGAGGCUAG